UCACUUUCAGUUUUGAGCUUCAACUGCUAACUGACAGCUCUGCCGAAUCAUGAACAAAUUCGCUUUUGGUACCAUUCUGGUUUUGGCAUUCGCCUCUUACGCUCUAGCCGGGGAGGAUUGCAUGAAGAAAAUCGAUGCUUUGAAAACAAAGUGCCAAGCGGAUCUGAAGUUGUCAAACGAUGAUGUUCAAGCCAUGUUUAAAGGAGACCCUUCCACGUUCACAAACGGAACUCAAUGCCUCAUCAGUUGCAUUGCUGAAAAUAUGGGAGUGUACAAGGAUGGAAAGGUUAUUGAAAGCGCAGUACUGAACAUUAUGAGUGAGCACUGGAAGGAGAAGCCAGAAGACAAAGAAAGAGACUUAGCCAUCAUGAAGGAAUGCAAAGACAUCUCUGAAAAAUGUCCAUGCAUGACAGCUACAAAAAUUUUAAUCUGCGUAAAAAAUGUUUCAGCAAAGUUCACGUCAGGAAAAUUGCAGAAGUCCUAAGCUUUGGAAAAUGGAGUUGCACGGAAGCGAAGUUUUACUAUAAAAAUUUAGAAAUCUGCAAUUCAUGUUAAAAUUUCCCCCCUUUGAUGAUAAGUACUUUGAAAAUUGGUCCAGUGCUUUUUAUGUAGAUUUGGUUUUGCACUCGAUCGAGUGUAAAAUCCCUCAUGGUUGCAGCAGCUCUGUACUCUUUCUGUGCAAAUAAAACAUUUCCUUUCCUCAAAGCAAACA